UAGCAGAACAAUAGCAGAAUAGGAUUCGAAAAAUGGCAAACCGCACGGUGAAAGAUGCUAGGUCUAUUCGCGGGACAAAUCCGCAAUAUUUGGUCGAGAAGAUCAUCAGAUCCCGGAUAUACGAUUCUAAAUACUGGAAGGAAGAAUGUUUCGCUUUGACCGCCGAACUGUUGGUCGACAAGGCAAUGGAGUUAAGAUUCAUAGGAGGGGUAUACGGCGGCAAUGUGAAGCCUACGCCAUUUCUCUGUCUCAUAUUGAAAAUGCUUCAAAUACAGCCUGAGAAAGACAUCAUAGUCGAAUUUAUAAAGAACGAGGAGUAUAAGUACGUUCGGGCUUUGGGUGCAUUGUAUAUGAGACUGACUGGUUCUUCCCAGGACUGUUACAAAUACCUUGAACCAUUAUUCAACGAUAGCAGAAAGCUCAGAAUGCAGAACAAGCAAGGCGUAUUCGAGCUCAUAUACAUGGACGAAUUCAUCGACACCCUUCUCAGAGAAGAGAGGUCUUGCGACGUUAUUUUACCGAGAAUUCAAAAAAGACACGUUUUAGAAGAAAAUAAUGAACUAGAAGCGAAGAUAUCGGCAUUGGAAGACGAUAUGGAUGAUGGCAUCGAAUCGUCAGAGGAAGAAGAGAUUGCACCAAUUAAAGAACUGCCACGCAAGAGGCCGGAUGAUCACGAACGAGACAGAGACCGUCACAGAGAUAGGGACAAGAGGCAUUCCCGAUCCGAGAAGAAAUCCGAGAAGGAAAAGCCAAGAUCGAGAAGUAGGGAGAGAGAUAGGGACAGGAGAGAACGUAAACGCAGCAAAUCGCCGAAAUCUCACUCGUCGUCGCACAAAGAUAAGGACAGGGACAGAGAUCGCCAUAGAAGAGACGAUAGAGAGAGGGAGAGAGAACGAGAGAGAGAAAGGGAUCGAGAUCGUAGAAGAGAACGCGACAGAGCUAGACAUUAAAGUAUGGUAAUAUGGAAAAUGGUCUUGACGAAUUUAUAUAAACUUACCGAGGCAAGAAAUUAAUCAAUUGGUUAUCUUGCGUCA